UAUGCUACAUUGUAUGCAUUUAUCCGUGGCUUUUUGAGAAAUCAGUAGUUGGUUCGUCAGCAGGUGGCGCUCUUUCUUCUGACUCAAGGCACUGGCAGGGAAAUGGGGUUCACUGUUGUGCAGGGGUUAUUUUAUCAUCAGGGCAUAAGAUGAACACACUUUUUAAGAAUAUACUGUAGGCGCAUGAUGUGAAGAUUGAAGCUCAGAGGAAUUGUUUUUAAGUGUUAUUUAAACAGCUGAAAAUACAUUUGACGUUUCUAUUUGUGAAGAUUUGGGAACAGGGUUGUCUGGUAGCAUCAGAAGACUUUCUUUAUAUUCUCUAGCAGCAAAGGAAGUGCAGAGUCACGGGCUGUUAAUUGACAAGCGUAGGUUUGGUUUACUUUAGCAUUAGCAGGGUAAUUAGAAAACGUGUUGAGUAAAGGUUUGAGGUACAUUAUCUGCUGUAAUUUCAUCCUUUGUCUUAUUUCACAAUUAAAGUGUUUUUUAAAGCACAAACGUAAUCACCUCUGCUAUUUUUUCACUGUUUCAAGAUUUAAGCCUCCUCAUCUUCAUUAAGUCAGGCAAACAAGAGCUCUAGCUGCAGUCAACCUCUCUAAAAGUGAGCCACCAAUGGCUGUUACUUUGAUCACAAGAUCUGCUCUGUACUAACAAGAUCUGUACUAAAACCAUUGCUCAACAAUUCAUGUCAGCUCAAAAUGGAUUUUUCUCUCUGGUUUUGCUCAGUGAGGUUUUCUUGUGUGGCACCUCCAUAAUUUGGACAUCACACAACAUGUUUUUCAGCACAGAUUUAAUUAUUAUUAUUUGGCAGUGACUUGAUGUGAUUAAUCUUCAUCAUUCCCUGUGAUGAAGAGCGAUGUAGUUUCACCUUCACUUUUCUUAUGUGGCCAAACAUUUUUGUACGGGAACUUCUCCUCUGUAUUCUGUACAAGGAACUCGACACACGGUACAGAUAUGCCUAUCACUUAACAUAACAUAAUCAAUAAUACCCUGAGUUAACUAAUGCCGAGACAAAACACAGCCAAAGUUAAAAAGCAAAAUCAAACCCCUUGAGAGUUUUCAUUGUUUAAUAAUUAGAUCAAUGCCCGAUGAGGUUCCAAAAGAGUUAUUAAAUUAACCACAUACUGGACACUCAGAACAUCAUUCCCAUUGCCUGGGGUGCCGAUAAAUGUCACUUUGAGCAUCACUCCCUCAGGCUGGGGCCAUGCUGCUCUGGGUAUGUGACAGAGAUACUUUGAGGUAGUGCAAUCAUAAAUACAUCACAAACUGUCCGAUACAAAAAUAGAUCAGGGUGCAAAACACAAUGUCCUCUCUUGCAGGUCUUCCAAUCCAUCCUCCAUCAAGUGCCAGAAUACUGAUUUUGAAACUCAAGCUGGAAACACACAAGUUUCUUUUCCCUGCUCACGUCCCAGUCUGUAUUUUUUCAGCACUUUAAUCAGUGAUAUGAUGAAUAUCUGUAUUUUUUUAUAGGCAAUCCCUACCACCUCAUGAAUAAACUCAUUAGAUUUAAUGACCCGGCACUAAAUUUAGCUUGUCUGUUUAUUGUUCCCUUUUUGACCAUUCGUUUUCGACCUUCCUUAUUCCACUGGUACACCUUCACACCCACACAUUCCUAAUUACAUACUGCGAAUAAUUGUAAUACAUUAUGGAAGAGUGGGAAUCUUCAAUUCUAGGGAUUUGCGCACCGAUUUACGAAUUUCACCUCUGUGCUAUUUGCCAAAUAAAUACAGAAUUCCAGCUGAGGAAACGAUAUGCGCUGAAUGACAGGCUAACAUAAGUGUAAGCUGUUUAAAGGUAAAAUCUAUUUGGAUUUCAAGAAAUGUAAAAACGGGUACUUCAAUAUAAUAUUAUAUACCACAAUUAAUCUAAAUGCACUGUACCAAAACUUCUCAAUACAUUAGCUAAUGCAAUAAUUCGAAUUAAAUAGAUAUUCUCAAAGUGCUUUCAUUUCUAUUGAACAUUAAUUAAACUCUCUGGAAAACUCCCAUUCAGCACAUACAGUCGCACUUCAUACCUUUUACGUUAACGCUAUCAUUAAAAUUUUAUUUUAUAUAGAGCAUGAGCCCGCUUCCAUUUGUUUUAGAUAAAAGCGGUUCCACUUAGCCAACCUUAUCUCAUUACAUAACGUAACAGCAGGAGACUCGCACAAAAAUCUAAUUGCCUGUUGUAAUUAAAUAUUAGCAUCUCAUUUCAAAUGUACUGUAAUUAUUGAGGGUAGAAAUGAAAUAGCGGCACAUAAUCACAUUGACAAAUUUUCAUAGCUGAGAGAGCCGAAACGUUUGAAACUGAUCAUAUGACUCCGUUUUAAUUCCUUUUCUUCUUCGGGGGUGAAACGCCUGUUUAUUAAAAGUGCCUUAUCGGAGUGCGCUUCGUGAAAACAGGGGGUUCUGCCAGCAAAGCUUGUGGUUAUUUUCCUAAGUCCGAUCCCAGACUUGAUCACAUGAAGUAAAACAUUCAUUCUGAUUUGAGCGACCGUACACCUGCUUCUGUUCUCCUCUUGGGAUGCGUUUCAGUUCAUCCGAAGAUUUGCAUUAAUGAGCAAAGGACCACACCGGUUUCUCAGCCUCAGAGCAGCGCUUAGCCCUUCCUUUGAUAACCAGAACGCUAUCAGAAUGCCCUGGCAUCCAACGGGCAUUAAAUCUGCUUCUGGACAACCGGGAGCACCGCUUUUCCGAAAUCGAAUUUAUUCUGCGAUGGGCGCACGCGUGCCGUCGGUGAAGCCGCGUUGAGAGCACACACAGUAGUUUGACUGCAUUUUUAUUUCUUAGAGAAGGGGAGAGACCGUCUCCCGUUACAACAACAACAGGAACAAAAAAAGGCGAAGAGCUCAGCCUUCAGUUUCGCAGGUCUGCUUUCCGGGUGAUUACUGAAGCCUUCGGGGACGGUUUUGUUAGCGGUUGCCUGGAGGCAUCCGCAUCGCUUGCCCUGGAGACUUCCCGGGAAGUAAAGUACUGCACGGACCCGAGAUGCAGGAUUGAAACAGCGGUGUUACUGUACCUCCUGGCUACGCGUCAUACUUUCUCAUCACCGUGUAGUUCUUGAGGCGCUCCAAGAGGAGAAGCAGUCACGGGCAACCACAUCUUUGCAGGGUGGAAUUCGUGCAGAAGUAUAGAUAUGACCUGGUUUACGCUAUUUUUAUCCGCACACCAUGGUUACUUUUCGAAAGCUGGAUGGUCUUCCCUCUUCGUCUAGGCUGGCACACGGCAGCACCACUGAACAAUAAACUCCAGCGGGCGAGGAGACUCCCGAAACAGCGCCGGCCAGAGGGAUAACGGACCUGCGAGGAGCUUUUUUUCUCCCUCCCAGCUGUAUGCUAAUUGUAGCCUCCGCCGAGAAGCUGGUGCUGGGACUAUCUGGGAUACACAUGUCCAUGAAUGUGAGGUUUCCCUGUUUCUGCACCUGGUGGUCUACUCCAGUGGAGCUGCCAUGGCCGACCGAAGAGGACUGGACAGCCUCUGGGAAGCACUGGAGUCCAGCUGAGGACUAAGGCGUCUCUGCGACAGGCCCUGGCCUAGCCGGGUGGGAGGCGGACAGCAGACUGUCGCCAUGAAGCUGCCCUGUCUGUUCUUCUUCAUCUUGCUCUUUGGAGCUGGAGGCCUGGUGCUGUUCAUCCACCUGCAGGACCUGUCGGAGAUGGUACAGCAGCAGGUGCCAGGCUCAAGGUUCAGUGUUCAGAUGAGACAGAUGACAACAAAGGACCUGUGCACUUACAGCAGGGAGGCGGGGAGGGCCGAGCUGAGUCCGGAGGAACUGUCCCGACCCGUCUCCCCGAUGCAGCUCCCAGCCUUCGAAACCAAGACGCCGCCCGCGGCCUUCGGCUCCCGCGAGAGCGAAGGCGACGGCCCCGGCGGCCAGCCCGCCGCGCGAGUCACAAAGCGGCGCCGCAAGCUGCUGAUCAAGAGCGCCCCCCUCGGCCCGGCGGCCAACGCCUCGGCCCCCGGCGCGCCCCCCCCGCGGGCCGACCCGGCCGAGUGGCGCAGGCUGUCCCUGGUCCAGGAGGGCAGGAAGCGGCUGAUGAAGGACGUCUGCGCCAAGUACAAAAGCAGCAGCAAGAGGACCGUGACGCCGUACCACGUGUCGAGGAUCUUCGUGGAGGACAAGCACAAGCUCCUGUACUGCGAGGUGCCGAAGGCGGGCUGCUCCAACUGGAAACGAGUGCUGCUGGUGCUGGAGGGCUUCGCGCCCUCCACCCAGGAGAUCCAGCACAACACGGUCCACUACGGCAACCACCUCAAGAGGCUGGACAGCUUCAACUACAGUGGCAUCUCCCACAGGCUGGAGACCUACACCAAAGUGCUCUUCGUCCGGGAGCCCUUCGAGAGGCUGGUGUCGGCCUUCCGGGACAAGUUCGAGCACCCCAACAGCUACUACCACCCCGUCUUCGGGAGGCCCAUCAUCUCCAAAUACCGUGUCAACGCCUCCCGGGCCGCCCUCCGGACGGGCGCCGGCGUGACCUUCAAGGAGUUCAUGCAGUACCUGCUGGACGUGCACAAGCCCGUGGGCAUGGACAUCCACUGGGAGCACGUCAACCGGCUCUGCAGCCCCUGCCUGGUGGACUACGACUUCAUCGGCAGGUUCGAGUCCAUGGAGGAGGACGCCAACUUCCUCCUGCACCUCACCGGAGCCCCGCGCAACCUGACCUUCCCCAGCUUCAAGGACAGGCACUCGCACGAGGAGAGGACCUCCGCCCGCCUCACGCAGCAGUACUUCGCUCAGCUCACGCCUUCCGAGAGGCAGAGGGCAUACGACUUUUACUACAUGGACUAUCUCAUGUUCAACUACUCGAAGCCCUUUCAGGACCUGUACUGACGCGGGCCGCGCGCCGCGCGCCUUCCUGCACACCCUGCCGCCUGGAGGUCUCAGAGGCAGCUUCUACCUUGUUUGGAGCCUUAAAUUCGAACCUUAACCCGUCGCCUCUCUGAUUUAACAGCAAGAGCUGCCAUGUUAGUGUCUUCGCUGUCCGUUCGGUAUCAUUAAGCUACAUAUUCAGAAAAAAAGUUUUCUUCUGCUUUCACACUCUAUCUUCCAGAAGAUAUUAUUUGCGAUACACACAUAUGGUAAACCACAGUUAUUUAAACAGCAUCAGUGUUGACAUUAGAGUUUUUUUAAAUAACCGAUUGAAUACUUACUCAAUCCAGGGGAUUAUAAAUCAUGGGAGACUGAGCAGUGAGGGGUGCAGCCUUUUGCACACAAGUCUCAAGUAGAAGUCAUCAGCUGUUUUUUUUCUUUGUUUUUUGGGGGGGAGGGUUCGAAAUCUAAACAUCUUACAUCUGGACAGAGCUAGGAAACAUGUUAGCAGCUCGGCUCGUUCCCAGCUCCAGGAUUCCAGGAGUGCCCCCGGCACACCAAACCGGACUACAUCAUCCUCCCUAAACAACACGGGCUGGCCCUUGUGUUGUCAUUUCAGAGCCGACUCUUAGGAAACAUGUUUAUCAACACGGCACCAAACGUGUUCUCAGAGCUCUGGGUACAACACUCCCUACUGGAAACUUAAAAAAAAAAAAGAAAUUCAUAUAUAUAUAUAUUUUUAUAUGUAUUUAUACAAUCAGUGUAGCACAAUCCCAUUAUUCCUUGACGUUUGUGACUCUAACAGUGAAAUACGGUGCAAUUUAUUCUGUCCUUUUGGGUUUUCAGGUGAACUCUGACCACAAACCCAACCAUAGAGUGUUAAUGUACUGCAGUAUUGGAUAAAACCAAGCUAUUUUUAAUGUCAUGGUUAUGUCAAAUAGUUAUACUACUCAAUUAACUGUGGGGAACUAUUUACCACUAUGAUGAGAAUGAAAGGGCAGUUUUUUCCCUACAUAUUAGCAAGCUACAGUAACUAUGUUUCACACAGGAAAUAAGGUAAUAUGAGAACUACACAGUUUUCAGCAUUUUGAUGGCUUGUCUGCAAUUUUCACUUAAAGUACAGAAGCAAAUUAUCCUAUGUAUUUUAAAAGGCUGAUGGUUUAUAUUGAGAAAAUGAAUGCCUGUGUCAUUUUGACCAUUAAAUUGUCAUCACUAU